AUGGAAGACAAGCGUGCCAAAAAUGAGUUGGUUAAGUUACAAGAUGAGCUGAAGAAAAUGACUACAGAGAAUCAAAAGCUUAAAGAAAUGCUUGCACAAGUGAGCAGCAAUUACACUUCACUUCAUAUGCAUCUUGUUUCACUGAUGCAGCAGCAACAACAACAACUACAAAAUAAUAUUCAUCACAAUAAUGAGGCUGUUGGGAAGCCUGAGGAGACGAUAGUACCGAGGCAAUUUAUCGAUCUAGGACCUUCAAGAACAACAGGAGAGGUGGCCGAGGAUGUUUCAAAUUCUUCAUCAGAAGACAAAACUCGUUCUGGUGGUUCUUCAGCAGCCGAGAGACGUAGUAACGAAGUAAGAGAUGGGAAAAGACUUGGGCGUGAAGAAAGCCCCGAAACCGAGUCGAACAAAAUUCAGAAGGUGAACAAUAAUGCUAGCCCAACAACGUUUGAUCAAUCAUCCGCUGAGGCUACAAUGAGGAAAGCUCGUGUCUCGGUUCGUGCCCGAUCAGAAGCUCCCAUGAUAAGCGAUGGAUGUCAAUGGAGAAAAUACGGACAGAAGAUGGCUAAAGGAAACCCUUGUCCGAGAGCUUAUUACCGAUGUACAAUGGCCACAGCUUGUCCAGUUCGCAAACAAGUUCAACGUUGUGCGGAGGACAGGUCGAUUCUGAUAACGACAUACGAAGGAAACCAUAACCAUCCGUUGCCACCAGCCGCCGUGGCGAUGGCUUCCACGACCACGGCUGCGGCGAACAUGUUACUAUCCGGAUCAAUGUCUAGUCACGACGGGAUGAUGAACCCUACCAAUUUAUUAGCUAGGGCUGUUCUUCCUUGUUCCACAAGUAUGGCCACAAUCUCAGCCUCUGCACCGUUCCCUACCGUCACAUUAGACCUCACACACUCACCGCCGCCUCCUAAUGGUUCAAGCUCUUCCUCUAUGGCUGCCACCAACAACAACAACCAGAGCCACAACUCUUUGAUGCAACGGUCGCAGCAACAACAUCAACAACAACAAAUGACGAAUUUGUCCUCGGGUAUGUUACCACAUGUAAUAGGUCAAGCAUUGUACAAUCAGUCCAAAUUCUCGGGGCUGCAGUUUUCCGGUGGCUCUCCGUCGUCGGCUGCGUUUUCGCAGCAGCAUGCCGUGGCUGAUACGAUAACAGCUCUCACAGCUGACCCGAAUUUCACGGCGGCUCUUGCAGCCGUUAUUUCUUCUAUGAUCAACGGCCACGACGGCGAAGGAAACAACAAAAAUCAAUAG